UGUCUCUCUCACCCAGGACAGUCAAGGCGCUGGUGAGGCACCUGCAGUGGCUGUAUGGGGUGAGGGUGAAAGUGGAGGGGGCUCACCACCUGCUCACCACUCCCUCACCAUACGUCAUUGUCUCUAACCACCAGAGCUCCAUCGAUUUCAUCGGCCUCAUGGAGUGCCUGCCGGAUCGUUGUGCUCCCAUAGCCAAGCGCGAGCUGCUGUUUGUGGGCCCAUUCGGAGCCAUCGCCUGGCUCUGUGGGGUCUUCUUCAUCGACCGCCAGAGGACUCAGCACGCCAAGCACACAAUGGGAGCAGUCGCCUCGGUCAUGAGAGAGCGCGGGAUCAACGUUUGGGUCUUUCCUGAGGGCACUCGAAGCCACGGGGCACCGAUGCUCCCAUUCAAGAAGGGAGCGUUCCACCUGGCAGUGCAGGCCCAGGUUCCCAUCAUCCCCGUGGUUUUCUCCUCAUACAGCCGCUUCUACAGUCGGCAGGAAAGGAGAUUUACUCCUGGCGUGGUGGUAGCCAGGGUUCUAUCGCCGGUCGCGACCGACGGCUUCACGUCCGACACGGUGCCGGCCCUCACUGAGUCGGUGCGGCUGACGAUGAUCGAAGUCUUUCAGCAGACGUCCCUUGUGGUGUCCUCACCCUCACCACCCUCACCACACUCACCACCACACUCACCACCACACUCACCACCACCACACUCACCACCACACUCACCACCACCACACUCACCACCGCCAGCCUCACCGCCGGACGCUGAACGGGAGGCGGAUGGGAAGAAGCAGCGCUGAUGGAGCGCGCAAGGCCUGUGUCGCCUACGGGAGAGAGAUCUGUCUCUCUGUCUCUCUGUCUCUCUGCCUCUCUGUCUCUGUGUGUGUGUCUCUCUGUCUCUGUGUCGCCUGUGGGAGAGAGAUCUGUCUCUCUGUCU